UUCAAAGUUUUCUUCAGUAGUAUACUGUAGAAACUCUAAUGGCUUUUCUUCCUCUGUUUCUAGCGGCCACUAAGCUCGCUGGAAUACUGGUAACCGUCUCACUAGCCGCCAACGCCUUCUCCUUCUCUCGGUACCGACGCAAGAAUCUUCAUCCCUUUCGCUCUCCAAUAGACGAAUCUUCAGAUACUCUCGCUCUAUUCAACGUCAAUCCUUCGCUUCUAGAAGGAGAAGAAGAAGGAGAGUUUUUCUUUGGAUUGGCAACAGCACCAGCUCAUGUAGAAGACAGACUUAAUGAUGCUUGGCUAGAGUUUGCUGAAGAACAUCCAUGUGACAAACCUGAGGCAAAUCAUCCCGAUGUUGGCAAAAGUUCCAUAAAAAGAAAGAAGAGUCUCAAGAUAUCAAUGGAAGCCAUGAUCAGAGGUUUCGAGAAAUACGUAGAAGAGAUUGAGCCUUCACCAUCUGAUCAAGCUUGUCAUCAUAAUGUUGCUGCCUGGCACAAUGUACCCCAUCCGCAGGAGAGGCUUAGGUUUUGGACUGAUCCUGAUACAGAGUUGAUACUCGCGAAAGAGACUGGUGUUAGUGUCUUCAGAAUGGGUGUAGAUUGGUCAAGGAUCAUGCCAGAUGAGCCAAACAAGGGGGGGAAAGAUGCUGUCAAUUAUGCAGCUCUGGAACGAUACAAAUGGAUUAUAAAUAGGGUUCGCUUUCAUGGCAUGAAGGUGAUGCUAACUCUUUUCCAUCAUUCCCUGCCUACAUGGGCUGGAGAAUAUGGAGGGUGGAAACUGGAAAAAACUGUUAACUAUUUUAUGGAUUUUACCAGGCUUGUUGUUGAUUCUGUGGCCGACAGUGUUGAUUACUGGGUCACAUUCAAUGAGCCUCAUAUCUUCUGUAUGCUCACAUAUUGUGCUGGUGCUUGGCCUGGUGGUAACCCUGAUAUGCUCGAGGUUGUUACAUCUGCUCUUCCCAUGGGUGUUUUCAAUCAGGCUAUGAAUUGGAUUGCAAUAGCACAUGGAAAGGCCUAUGACUACAUCCAUGCCAAAAGUGCUUCGCCCAAACCAAUUGUGGGAAUAGCCCACCAUGUCUCUUUUAGUCGGCCAUAUGGUCUAUUUGAUGUUCCUGCUGUUUCCCUUUCCAAUUCAUUGACUCUCUUCCCAUUUGUGGAUAAUGUUUCUGACAAGCUGGAUUUUAUUGGAAUGAAUUACUACGGACAGGAAGUGGUAUGUGGUGCUGGGCUCAAAUUGGCUGAAACAGUUGAGUAUAGCGAAUCUGGACGUGGAGUAUAUCCAGAUGGCUUGUUCCGCAUGCUACUUCAAUUCCAUGAAAGAUACAAGCAUUUAAGCUUACCUUUCAUAAUUACUGAAAAUGGUGUUUCUGAUGAGACAGAUGUUAUUAGAAGGCCAUAUAUGUUGGAGCAUUUGCUUGCAGUUUAUGCAGCCAUGACCCUGGGUGUUCCUGUGCUAGGAUACAUUUUUUGGACCAUUUCAGAUAAUUGGGAAUGGGCUGAUGGUUAUGGUCCCAAAUUUGGGCUUGUAGCUGUUGAUCGUGCCAAUAAUCUUGAAAGGCACCCUCGCCCGUCAUACCAUUUGUUUACCAAAGUGGCUACAACUGGUAAAGUGACACGCAAAGACAGGGAACAUGCAUGGAAUGAACUAAGGAGAGCUUCUAAACAGGGAAAGACAAGACCUUUCUAUAGAGCAAUUAAUAAGCGCGGUUUAAUGUAUGCAGGUGGCAUGGAUGAGCCGAUAAGGCGACCUUAUGUAGACCGAGAUUGGCGAUUUGGACAUUAUGAGAUGGAAGGUCUGCAGGAUCCUUUUAACCAGUUAUCACGGAAGAUCUUCAAACCUUUCUUCAAAAGAGGCAAAUCAAAUUCUCAAAUAGAUGAUACUGAUGAUGACCUACUAAUAACUCCCCAGCCUCUGGAAUUUUUAAGCCCAUGAUUAUGCAAAAAUGCUUUCAUAUGAUCAAUUACUAUAAGGUAAGAUUAUCAAUUGCUUUCAUUUAUGUCAUCAGGGACAAAACUUCAACUUUAUUUAAUAGUUGUAAUAUGUAUUGGAACUUGGAUGGGAAUGAUUAAAAGUUAAAAAAAAUCGUGAAUUGGAAAAAAGAAAUUCCAAUGCCGGGAAUCGAACCCGGGUCCCCUGGGUGAAAGCCAGAUAUCCUAACCGCUGGACGACAAUGGAUUAUUGUUUAGUAAUUUUUAUUAAUAAUAUAUAUUCAUUAGUAUUUUGCUCA